AUGAAUGAGGCAGGAGGACCUGUGGCUGUGUGGGGAGAUGCACAGGCAGGAAGUGAGGUGGGGAGCUCGGCUGAGGGCUGUACAGAGGCACCUCGCAGGGUGCCCAAGCCGCCGGGCCUGCUCCACACGGGGCUGAGGAGGGGCCACCACACGCGGGUCUUUGGCCUACCUGCGGCUUCGCAGGAUGGGGCCACAGGUGCCCUCAGCCCCUCCUGCCCUCUGGGUCCUCGGGUGCCUUGCCCUGUCCCUCUGGCUUUGGACACUGUGCACGGCCUGCCACAGCGGGUGCAGAGGCAGCGGGCCAGGCCCCAGGGCGGUGUGAUGCCAGCGGAAGCGUCACUGCUGAGACGACACCACUUCUGCACCCUCAGCAAGUCGGACACCAGACUGCACGAGCUGCACCAGGGCCCUGGCGGCUGCAGAGCUCUGCGGCCUGCCAGCAUGGAUAUCCUGCACCCACAAUGGCUGGAGGUGUCCAGAGGCACCAGCAGGCUUAUGGCAGCCUUCUCACACCGGGAACUGCACCAGGCAAUGCCUGUUGCCACCUCACCCUCCAUCUGCCCCGAGGCCACUUACUCCAAUGUGGGGCUGGCUGCAAUCCCCAGGGCCAGCCUGGCAGUCAGCCCUGUGGUGUGGGCAGGGGCACAGCUAACCAGCAGCUGUACCAGGCCUGGGCCUGAGGCCAGACCUGAGGUGGCUGAGUAUGCUUGUAUCCAGAAGCUCAAGGAAACAGAUCAGGGCCCCCAAAGCCUGGGGCAGGGGAAGGCCGAGCUGAACCCAGCUGUUCAGGUGGACAUCCUGUACUCCAGAGUCAGGAAGCCUAAAAAGAGGGACCCAGGACCUGCCACAGACCAGUUGGACCUCAAGGGCAGGGGAGUAAUUGUGCCUCUGGGAAGUGACCAGUCCUACGAGACCCUCCCACUCAGGGACCUGGGGAAGGAUGAUGGCCUCCUGGAAAAUGUGUAUGAGAGUAUCCAGGACAUGCCCCUUCCCCCCAGCACCUGGAGCCCUCCUGCUCUAGCUGUUAGCAUGAGUGCACCUAUGCAGGCUUCCCCAGCCUCAACCUAGGGAGGGGUCUCCAACUCCCCAUCUGUGUUGAACAACCAAGUACAGAGUUCCUCCUUCCAGAGUAGUGCCCAGCCCCCAUUCCCUAUCCCCGCCCCGAAGUUGGCCGCACAAAGUCCAGAUCCCAAGGCUUCCAGCCUGUGAGGUCCCUGGGGGUCCUGGCUGCCAUGGCCUCUUGGCCUCUCCCUCCCAAGGUCUUAAUAAAUCCCCAGCACAGGGAGGAUGGAUACA